AUGUUGACGAAGCUGGCUUUGCUGCUCUGCCUUCUUGGACUGAUUGCAAUGCCAAACCCGGCCGAAGCAAUCCGGCUGCCUCAGACACUUCCCCGGAAAUGCACGGGUGAGCCUUGUGGAAUAGCGGGUUGUUUUGACGGUGGAGCUUGCGUGUGCACUGAAUUCGGCAGAUGGACCUGUCGCAAGCCGCGUAUGGGACAAAAGUCAGCAGGCGACGAG